AUGCUAAAAGUAGUUGCCCCGCUCACCGCCCGUCAGUUUCAGAGGGCGAUAAUCAUGCCAAAUCUCAAGCCCCCCGUCCGCACUCUACAAGAAGCCGCGCAUUAUAGGGAAAGGAUUAUGGAGGCCAUCCCGGGAGACAUUUCAUUUACCCCGCUCAUGACUCUGUACCUCACUGACCAGACGACUUCGGAAGAAAUAGAGGCCUCACACGCUUCGGGCUUUGUCAAAGCAUGCAAGUUGUACCCGGCUGGAGCAACCACAAACUCCGCAUUCGGUGUCACUUCUAUGGAAAAAGUGUCGACGGCGCUGAGAACCAUGGAGCAAGUGGGUAUGGUGCUGUGCAUUCACGGAGAAUCGACCGCUCCCGGCGUUGAUAUAUUUGACAAGGAAGCCGAAUUUGUCUCCGCCGUUCUGCCGAAAGUGCUCACAGAUUUUCCUAACCUGAAGAUCGUUUUAGAACAUGUGACCACCAUGCAAGCUGUCGACUUGGUUUUGAAAACCCCCGGAAACAGACUGGCCGCAACGAUCACGGCUCACCAUUUGCUGUAUUCUCGACAGGCUAUCUUUGAGGGAGCGAAAAUUCAUCCUCACAUGUUUUGUCUGCCCGUUCUGAAGAGAGAGUUGCACAGACAGGCUUUGUUGAAGGCUAUUUUGAACGACGCAGACGGGAAGCUUUUCGCAGGGACUGAUUCAGCCCCGCAUCCUGAAAGCUCUAAAAUUUGCUCAGAAGGAUGUGCUGGUAUAUUCACUGGACAUGCCGCCGUGGAGCUCUAUGCGGAAGCUUUCGAAGAAGCUGGUGCUCUCUUAAAGCUGGAAGCGUUCUUGAGUGAAAACGGAGCCAAAUUUUACGGUCUUGAUCUAAAUGACGAUAGGUUGACUCUACGGAAGUCUCCACAUGUGGGCCCCUUGAAAAUCAUCGUACCUGGAAGCGACCCGAUUGUUCCUCUCAGAAGUGGCCAGUCAAUCGCAUGGACUCUAUCAAGCGACGAGAACUCUUAG